UCGUGGGUUUUACAAAUAAACUCAUAAACCACUGCAAGCCGCUCUCUCUUAAAUCCGACCACCACUCUCUCUCACUCUCCCUCUCACCACCACUCUCUCGGUCCUCUUUCUCGAAAUGGCGAAAUCUCAGGGAAGAAGUGUCUCCCUCAACACUGAAAUCGUGCUACCAAACGACAUUAUCAUCGUGAUUCUCAGCUGGCUCCCAGUAAAAUCCCUCUUGAAAUUCAAAUGCGUCUGCAGAUCAUGGCGAGCCCUAAUUUCCAGCCGACGCUUCAUCAAGGCCCACCUCGAUAACUCAAAAUUAGCCCCAUAUAUAGCCCGCGUCGCUACUCACUGUUCGCGUAAAUUAGGUAAACUUAAGCUGUGUUCGGUUAAUUCCAUGCUGUAUGAAUCUGUUUCUCAAGUAUUCGAUUUGAGUUAUCCAUUGGAAUCAUAUUGUGUGUUGGAAGCUGCAUGUGAUGGUUUACUACUACUGUGCUCAAAUAAAGAAAUGAUUCUGUGGAACCCAUCUACGAGAACUUGGAAAACGCUGCCUCAUUUCGACCUGGUAUCCAGUUUUACUGAGUAUGAUUUAGGUUAUGAUAAAUCGAGUGAUGACUAUAAAGUGGUGGGGUUUUAUGAUGUUGAACAGUCUGACGUGAUAGUAGCAGUUUAUAGUUUGAGGAAUGAUGAGUGGAAAAGGAUCAAGAAUAUAAGUAGUAUGGCGAUGCCAGAGGCUGUGCUUGCAAAUGGGAAGCUGUAUUAUUUUACUCAGCCGGUAUUUACAUCCGAUUUGGAUAUUCUCUCCCUUGAUUUGGAGAAGGAGGAAAUUGAGAUACUGCAAAUGCCAAGCUAUGUGAAGGUUAAUGAUCGUUCAUCUUUGGCAGCAUCUGAGGGGUCGCUGUUCUUGCUCUGCCCUCAUCUGAGUAUGACUCGUGCAGAUGUGUGGAUCUUGGAUGGUUGUAGUGUGGGAACCGGGAAUUGGACUAAGUUCGUUACUAUGCCCUGUUGCCCUGAUGGUGGUUGGACGUAUGCUACAUUUUCAAACUUAUUGUACGUGCAGAAGAAUGGUCUGGUCAUAUUCCGUGGUAAAGUUGCGGCUUUUGUGGUGUACGAUGCAAAGGAUGGCUCGUUUAGUUAUCAUCAUAUUAGAGACAUUGGUCAAUAUUAUUAUGGUGCAGAGUAUACUUAUGUUGAAAGUUUAGUUUCACCGUUGGGAUGAUGUUGUGAGACUGAAUGAAGAAGGUGCAUCUCUGUUUGUGAUUGCUAAUUUCCGAUGGUGGAACCAUGUCUUUUGUAUUGGCGUGGUGACGAAGAAGGCUAUGAUCUAUCAUUUGGGAUUUGGUAGCUAUAGUGAAUGGCCUCCUCUCCGACCAAUAAUCUUGGUAUGAAGCUGUUUAGUUUCUGUUUCUUUUGGCUUUCCUUUGUCUGAAUCUUGUUAUUAAGUUGUGGGAUAGUGCAAUCAAGAUGGAGAUAUGCUGUACGUAUUUGGUGCUUAAAUGAAAGAUGAUGAAAUUAAGAAAGGUUGUUUUAAUGAUUUUCACAGGAAGAAGAAUUUGUAAGAGAUGUUUGAUAUCUUUACUUGCUUAGUUGCUCUGCUGCCGUAUUGUAAGAAAUGAGUGAGUUUUUUUCAUAUGAAAGUGGAGGGAAAUGAGUGAGUUUUUCA